CAGUAAAUGACGAUUGGAGGGAAGUUGGACGCUUGUUACAGGCGGAAGCGUGAGGGGAGUCAGGGAAAGGAGAGGAACUCUCUUUCUCGGAGGGAGUGUUCAGAAUUCGCGGCGCGCUACGAACAAACUCCCCUCCCGACCCUCAUUUGGAGGGUCUCCGGCAACGCAUGCGCAAAUGGAGGCCAGCCUGACUUGUGCGGUCUGCCUGUCGCUCUUCGAGGAUCCGGUCACGCUGCCCGUCUGCUCUCACAACUUCUGCCGCCAUUGCGUCGUCGAGUGUCUUAGCCAAGCUGGCAGCGUUGCAGAGCCUCCUUUCCCUUCCUCCGCAUGGUGGCCCUCUCCUCGAAGCCGUGACCCGCUCCAGGAGGGCCCGCGGGCUCCCGGCCGCGCGUCACGGGAUGGAGGCUCGAUUAGUCUGUCGUGCCCGCUGUGCCGCAAGCUCUGCUCGCUGCCUUCCGACGGCGGGGCCGCCGCUUUGCCCGUCAACACCACGCUAGCCGAGGUGGUGAAGCUGUUCAGGGCCGCCAACCCGGCGAAGCCCAGCCCGGAAGCGACGGCGGAGGAGGCCUCGUCAGCUCUGGCCCCGCAGCUGGCUGCCCUGGGCGGUCUCUGCGAGAAACACCCGGGGCGACCUCUGCAGCUCUACUGCCGGAUGUGCCGCCGUGGGGGCUGCGGGCAGUGCGUGUCAGAAGACCACCGCGGCGUCUUCCAUUCCGUCAACCUCAUCGACACGGUGUACCAGGAGGAGAAACUAGCCUUCUUUAGUAACCUGAAAAAAAUAAGAGAAUUGCAACUGAAACUGAUGAAGGAAAUAUCAGAAUCUCCAAAGGAUGAAAAGGCUGUAAUGCAAAAUGAAGAGGAGUUAAUUAAAACUGAAUUUGAAAAACUCUGUAAUGCUUUGGAAACAAGAAAGAAAGAGUUGCUUGAAAAUCUUGAAAGCCAGAAAAGAAGAAAAGAGAAGGAGCAUCUUAUAUGGAAGAAUAUGAAAGAAGCUCACCGGAAAACAGUUGAAAAUGUUCUGAUCGACUGUGAAAAGCUUUUAGAUGAGUGUGAUCCCCAGCAUUUCUUAGAGGUGGCGUGCAAUUUGAACCAAAGAAUGAAGACUCAACUUGACCUGAUGCAGAUGGCAUCUGGACAUGAAGAUCAGCCAGAAUGCAAACAAAUACAGCUAGAUACCAAAUCUAUAGUUAAAGAUAUUUUAGCCUUGACUCUCACUGAAGUUAACUUGGAUGUGCUGAAUGCUGACAUUCCUUCAGGAAAUAGUGAACCUUCUAUAUCUGCAAGCCCUGAAAACAAAUGGGAAGAUACGAAAACUGUACAAGAUAUAUUCUGCCCAGUGCCAGGACAAGAUGUUUUGGAAAAUGGCAGGAAUAUUCCAACUCAGUAUAUGUCAGUGUCAGCAACUACUAAAUUUCGAAACAUGAGUCACGAGGAGCUGCGUUAUAUACAUUACAUGAAACGUGAAGUACUCUCAGAUGAAUUACAGACAGAGACUUUAAAUGAAAGAAAUACAUUGCCAAAAUUUUGCUUUUCAAAAAAGGCAAUUUCAGGAACUGGCUUGUUUUGCCUUGGUGCUGAAGCAAAUAAUCAGAAGAAACCAAAAAUGCAAAUACUACAAAGACAAAAUGCCAUUAGAUGUAGUUUGUCUGAUUCCCUUGGUUUUGCAUUCAAAACACAACCCCCAAACUUCAUUUUUUGUGGCUCAAAUAGUAAUUUGAAUGCAUUAGAUACAAAAGACACUCAAAAUGACAACAAGAAAACCAACCUGUUGGAAAAUACCAAUAGAUGUCUAAAGACAGAAAAACUUUUGCCAACUCAUGUAGAAACUUACCCUUCUAAAACCCAGUUUUCAUUUAGUGCAUGCCCAAAUGUAUCUCAGACAGCUAUACAACCAAAGGAGACUUUAAAGCCAUUCUCAACAGGAGGUAUGGAGCAUCUGGCUCCAGCGCUUUUUUCAAAUUCUGGUGCCAACUUGACAGUGUCGACUGCUUCAUCUUUCCAAAAAAACAAGUUAGUGUUGUCCACUUCCUUUCUGGAAAAUCCUAAAAGCAAAGUUUGCAACAUAAGAAAUAUAAAUGGGAAUAUCUCUUCAGCUUUCUCUACUACAGCUGCUGCUACUGUUAGUACUACCACAGCCAUCAGUUUUAAUCCAAACAUAAUUACUGGAAAACAUUUUUCCUCAAAUUUGUCUUCUGAAAGUAAUUGCUUUCAGACCACUAAACUAAACAUUUCAAAGCAGUCAUCGAUCCCUAGAAGUUUCUUUUCAGAUAAUUAUAAGACUUCGACUUUUCCAGUGGUGCCUUUUGAUAAAACUCAAUAUGCACAUAAUAAAUCAGAAGUUAAAUCAAAAGCCAAAAAUGCAUUUGAAAAAAAAUCUGUUUCAUCCAGAAAAAAUGUACCUGUGUAUCAUGAACAAAAAACGUUAGUAUACCGUUCUUCAUUAAUCUCCAUGGGCACAUGUCUAAAAUCUCAAAAUGAUAGUAUUCUUGUUCCUCAGCAAAAUGUAGUCUGUGAUUCAUCUGCAAGCAGCACUUCAGUUUCCACUGAACAUAAUGAAGAUAACAAUGUUUUAGAAAGUCAUCCAUUGGCUGUCCAGGGACAUAGAUCUCCUUCAGUACUUAAUGAAACAAAUUGCACAGCAAAUUCAGAUCCUGAUGUUGAAGACGUAAGUCAAGUGUCCACUGCUAGUGAACAAAGCGCUAUAUCAGAAUAUUUUUGUUGCUGAAGAUAUAAUGACCCAGCUGGAAACUGCACAUGUAUAACAGAAUAAAGCAGAUUACCAAGUAUGAAUGUAUAGUUAUUAAUUUUCAGAGAAACACGAUCAAGUUUAAUUUCUUUCCUGAUAUUUUAGUAGAAUCAGAUACAGUAUUUUGAAGCAUGUGCCCUUAUUUUUUAUUUUUCUCAUAUUUGAAUGUAGAAUAUUAGCAUUGUCAUUCAGAAUCUUUAUAUAGUAUAUUUAUAUUUAUAUACUAUAUGGUAUAUAGUUACAAGAAUCUUCAGUUACGUAUUUUGUGAAGUUUAUAUACAGCACUAGAUCUGUUUGUGAAUAUUUUCAAAAAACCAUCAUUUAUAAAGGCAAUAAUGCACACUACUUUUCUUCCCUCUUUUUCUUGUAAGUUGGCUUUACUGGGUCUUGAUUGAAAUUAGUCGUCUUCUUUUUUUUUUUUUUUUGUUACUCCUAGAGCCUGGGACUUAAUGUCAGUUUCCUUGUGGUUAAAAUUCAAGGUAAAUCAACAUUAAACCUCAUGUUUGUUUCCAAUACAGGAAAUCAUGCUUUAUGGGUAAGAUAUUGAACUUUCAAAGCCAACUUAUGAAAGCUCUGAAGUUUGCUUCUCAUUCCCAGGUUUAUAAAACCAUGUCUCUAAAGCUGGGGUAUAUACCUCUGAUCUAGAACACUGUAUAAUAAUUUCGCUUUUAUUUUGUAUCUGUUUCUACCAUAGACAGAAAGAUCUUCCUUCCAGUCUCUCUUUUUAAUUAUUAUGUAUUUAAACUUUUGGUAUAUCUGCAAAUAUCUCUUCCUAAUACAAUAUGGGAACAUGUGUUAAUAGAAUUCUGCUAAAAGUUGUUAGAAUUAGUAAUCUACCUGCCUUGCUCAGCAGCAGAAAUAAUAUACCCAGUACAUGAAACAUGAUAGUUCAAUUAGUUUAGAAGAUAAGGUACUAAAAUUGCUUCAUAUAAUAUCCAGCAAUGUAUUCUCUGUGUCAUGUUGAACAUAUUAAUAUCAUAUGGAAGUAAUACUUAAUUUUACAAAAUAAAUUCUAAAACUUGAAUACCACUGGUAUACUUCUUUUAUACAUCUAAGAAAAAUCAUGAGUGUCUUUCAGGGACAAAUGUACCCUUUUAUCAUGGUGUUAAUUGUAAACAAUAAGACUGCAAA